GUUGAGCUUUAAACUGUCAGAAAAGGUAGCUCAGCAAACUAGCACCUGUUGGAGCUCUGUAUGCUGGGUGGUAACUGAGCAAACUGGAAAUAUGUCUUGCUAGAGAGAGUAUUUGGAGACACACUGGAGAAGGGAGAACUCGGGAAAGAUGAAGAAGCAUCAUUCUGUGCAGGGAACUAUUAGCCGAAUCUUUGGGAAAAAACAUGCCAGCAACAAUUCCACCAGCUCACUCUUUGUCACGAACCCACCAUGGAUCUUCACACAGGAGGUCAAAUCUGACACCUUGGCAAGCUCUGGUGAAGUGAAUGGCAUCUACUAUGGGGACAAUCACUUUGACUCAGAUUCUGGAACAGCGACAUUGAAGGCACGACCAAGAGUCCGACCUUUGCUUACCUUUUUACCCCUUAAUGCUCAAGAGGCACAUGGUGUGGCUGUACCAACACCAUCAGUACCAGAAGGAUUUGAAGACAAAUCAUCUCCAGGACUUGGUUCUCAAAUCAAUGGCAAUUACAGAAAGUACAAUUCGGUAGUUGACCUGAGACCCAAGGGAUUUGAAAAUUACUUGGAUGAUGAUUACAUCCCACCUCCACCAUCAGUUCCUCCUCCACCUCCUCCACCACCACCACCUUCAGUUGAUCUCUCUCUAGCUCCACCUUCCAUGAAAGCUCCAGCAGCACCUUCUGUGGAUGUACCACCUCCGCCUUCUGUAGCAGCUCCACCCCCACCUCCAAUGGCUCCACCACCUCCACCUCCAAUGUCUCCUUCAUCUCUGGCUCCACCUUCAUACCAAUAUUCCAAUCUGUCUUCUCCCAGUACUCCAUCUCCACCAGACUUUAUUCCUCCUCCUCCUCCAGCUUUUAUCGAUCGUGCACCUCUUCCACAUUCACCACAAAUACACACUCCACCUUUCUCAAAUGGCGUGUCCAAAUGGAAAUCUGAGACUGUUCUAAAUAUCAGGGAACCGGACACUGUUCCCUCCAAUCUGAACCACAAUCUGAACCUCAAUCCUCCUUUAACCCCUAACCAUAAGGAAUCACAGUUGCCACAUUCCAGCCCAGACCCUAAUCUCACUUUCCCUCGAUCAUUAAAAAUACCUCCCCCUACUCCUGUCAGAACGUCAUCUAUUCCCAUAGGAGAAAACGAAUCCAGUCCCAAUGAUGAAUUGCUCCCUAAAAUGGCUCCUCACAGCCGUCCUGCCCUGCCACUGAGUUUUACUGCCUUGCCUGCAGCCGCAGUUCACUCAAAAGGAGAAGCUAGAGGGAAAGUUACUUUGGAGAAGCCCUCCAUAUUAAUCACAGAGUCAGGAAAUCCAGAUUCUGAUGGCUCUCCUACCAGGCCACAGGAGGUACCAUCUGCAGAAAAAGCAGAGCUUCCUUUUCAGGAAAUUGCAUCUUCUGAUGAUGAUCAUGAUGAUGACUGGAAGGAACGGACUAAUUUGGACAAACUGAAACAUGACCUAUCUGCCCUGUUGUCCUCUUCCUGCAAAAAAGAGGAUCGUCAGCAAGACAGAACUGUUUCCUCCAAGCCUAAAACUAGCAUUACUGAUAGCAAUCAGGUUAUUAGAGAUGGAUUAAAACAACCUAAGCCUAUUGUGAGUGACCCACAGUCAACUCCAGCAAGAGAGAGUGAGAAAAAAGAGAGGACACCAUUUAAUACACCUUCUCCAAGAAAAGCUUUUACCAGUGAUGCCAUUUCAACUACAAGGACUAAACCUGCCUCCCCACAAGCAAACGGUGCUAUGACAUUUAAGGAUGAAUUGGAAGCCUUGCUCUCUCCAAGCAAGGAUGGAGGCCCACCGUUGGCCCUUGCAAAUUUGAGACAUAAUCCAGAAACAAAGAAGCAAGUUACUCUUCAAUUUGGUGGCAGUCAGGUCAAUGGGGGAGAGGCCAGGCUGUCACAUCCCACAGUACAUGAGAAUAACCCAGCAUCAGGAGUGACAGAGAAAGACCCUAAGACACCUAACAUCUCUUCUGGUUACUCACUUCCUGACAACACUCAGAAACCUCCAGUAUCCCCUCUGAAAUUAAAGAAUGGACUCUUGAGUCCAUCUACACCUUCAUCAACCUCUUCUGGAGGGCCAUCACCGAUACAAACUGCAUCUCCUACUGUGGAUUUCUCUCUCUUGCAGUACAAGUCACAUCGAACUAAGUUUGGCUCAGUGGACAGCUUGGCUUCUGCAGCUUCAUCCCAAACUAUAGAAGAUGGGCCAGUCAGCAUAAAUAAUAAUGAAAAUGUAAGGGACUUUGCAAGUCCCAGGUCCUCAGUCACAUCCACCCUAUCUAGGAAUGUUGAAGAAGCUGAUAGUGAGGUUUUGAUUCAUCCCGUUACGGGAGAGAAAGUAGAGAGAGGCUCCCCUAUGGCUCUGCUCUUAGCUGCACAACAGCGGGCUCAGAGGGGUAGACGUUCUGCUGUUACUUCCCGGCAAAAUAGUUACUUAUCUGAGAAGCCUCUGCUAAAGUUAUCAGAAAAGCUGCACAACAGCAGUCAUGCAGAGACAGGCUCAUCCAACAUUUAUUACAGUGAUGCCAAGCCCAACUCGAUCACAGUUGUACCAAAGUUCCCACAAAAGGAAUCCCUGGAAAUCUCAGAAAAUAUUACUGCAUCAAACACAUAUAGUUCUCGCUUAGUUCAAGGUCUACUAGAAUCUCAAAACGUGAAAAAACAAGAUCCUCAAAACAUGCCAGGAGGAUCAUCUAUACAUGCUCUUGCUACACCUCCAAAGCACAUUGUGAGCAAUACAGAGGUUGCGGAAGAAGUGCUUGAUUAUGAAAUAAUCCCACCACCACCUGAAUUCAGCAAUGAUGCUGGUGUGGCCCCGAUUGAGUCUUCAAAUGGAGAAGAAAACCAUAAAGACCGCAACAUCUCAAGUGAAUUUCAGGCCUCAGAUAAGAACCUCAGUCACUCAAGCUAUGACUAUGGAAAGAGUUAUUCACAAACAUCUAAAUCAGUCUUGGAAAACAGUAUGAGGCCAAGUGGACACAGCCACCAUUAUCCAGGUGGGAGCUAUUCCUCAACUUAUCUCAGUUCCUAUUCAAACAGCCGGCCUCUGAUCAAGAAGCGCCUUUAUAUGUCAGAGAUAGAUGAUUCAUAUGGUAGGCCAUCCAUGUCCUCUCGCAGUAUGAGCACUCCCAAUAACUAUGGCCACAAUACAAUGACAUACAACUCCCAGGCUGUUGAAGGGAUGCAGCGGAUCAACUCUACUCACAGGAAUGUACCCACCAGCAUGCAGGGCAGAAGGGUGUCAGUGGAACUGACACCUGGGAAAAUGCUGACUUAUAAUAAUGCCUCCAGUGAUGCCAGGUAUAAAAGCCAGAGUGGAGAGUAUGCCAACAGUGGAGCAGGUGCCAGAAGAUCUUCUCAUGGGAGUCUGCAAUAUGGGACAACUGCAAAUACUUUCACGGUUAGACCUGGUACAAGACAACCCAUUUCUUACUCGCAGCAAGGAGGUCUUCAUUGAGGCCUACCAAGAGGAACUUGCCAUAGCUCUGGCUGAAUCUGAUGCUACACAUCAUAAGGCUCAUUCUAUCUACUUUGUUAUGAGCUUCCUUUAACAGUUGUUAAGAGCCUGAAAGCAGUCUUGUUUCCUUCUUAUAAACAGACUGGUUGCAAGACUGGAUGUAAGUUAAAGUAGGCAAGGGUAAGAUUUUAAACUGGCAAACUGGCAUUCUACAACUAAGGGCUUCAAUGCAGUAUAAAAACUAGUGACUUCUAUGCAGAAUAAAAGUUGUAUGAUUCAACAGCAUAUCUAAACUUAAAGCAGAUGUGUAAUUAUAUAGACUUUCUUCUCUCUAGGGUGAGCUUGGCUAGUAGGUGACUACCUACACCCCUUACCUAUGGGAAAACUACAUUUUACAACAGCUUCAAGAACUUGCAGCUAUACAGCAAAUGAUACCAAAGAAAGGUUGGAUGGCCUCAUCCUACAGAGAAUCAAGAAACAGCUAAGAGGUCCCAGAAGUAGAAAGAGUGAGCAAAGUCUCCAGGUUUCCAAAGUCUCCAGGUUUCAUUAAUACUGGCAACCCGAGCUCAAGAACUGAAAGGAGGAGAUUGUGAUCAGAUGAAAAUAGUAUGGUUGUGGGAAAGAGGAAGUGGGGUUCACAGGGAGAGAAAGCACAAGUGCAAUAGAGUGGAUAAGGGAGACAAGAGCUACCUUCACCAGCCUGGCACCCUCCAGGUAUUUCAUCUCUGGUUGAAGAAGGUGGUCCUGGUAUAGAGUUGAACUUGCUUCAUAGCAAGAAUAAAUGUGGUAAUUCAAGCCUUCCAGUUCCUGUUCGGGAUGGUCUACAGUGCAUGAAUUUCUGCUUAUCUACAGCUGGAACUCAGACAGAAGAGGCAUUGAUAGGUCAGGGAAAAGCUACUACAUGCAGUUGGAUCUGCUAGAAGUGUGUGUGUGUGUCCUCUAUUUAUAUGCCAAUGUUUCAAGUAAGAUGCAAAAAUGUUUCAGAUCUUUGUCAGCGAUAAGAAAUUGUGUGACUAACUUCAAGAGACAAGAAUGAAACUUCCUGGCAAUAUUAAGGGUCAGUACAAUAGGAAUCAGUUUGUUUGACUUGCUGUUUUUAUCAUAACCUUUAACAUUCAACUUGAUAAGGGAGAUUUUGAGUUUUAAAAACUGGGCAGAAGAGAAAGGAGUAAAAAUGUGU